GAGGAAGUUUUAGUUGCUCGUGGCGACUGCGUCUAUUCGGUGUUUCGCUGCCGUUGGUGCUGGUUGGUGGUGCGGUCGCUGCUCGCUGCCGACAAGUGCUCCCGCGUGCGCGCGCGCGCGCUCUCUCUACUCCUCGGAUCGGAAACUUUGUGUACGCGCUUGUGCCUGCCUCCAAGGGAUCGUCCUGAUCUUCCCAUCGCAACAACUUCGGAGCGUUUUUCUUCCGAGUGCGGUUCUUUCCCGGUUCGAGCGCCGCCAGCCAAGACGGCGCUGACUCCUGCAACGCCCCACAUGCCAUGGGAGCUUGUUCACAGCUCAAGCUAGUGCUAUGGAAGAACAUAGUGCUCCGGCUACGGCAACCGGUGAUCCUCGCCCUAGAGCUGCUGUGGCCGCUCACCAUUUUUCUUCUUGUUUUACUCCUACGGAAGGUCGUUCCUCCAGUUAGCCAAGAAACAUGUUACUACAACGCCCGGGCUCUGCCCAGCGCCGGCGGACUGCCCGUGCUGCAGUCUCUCAUAUGCAACGUAGACAACAAGUGCCUUAACAAAUCUUCCUACGAGGAAAUACCCACUUAUCCUGGGUCAAGGAUAAACGAGCUAGUCCAAGAUUUAUCACCGCUGCUUCAAGAUGAAAGUAUAUUGUCCGUUAUCAAGUCGCUACCUGUGCUGGCCGAUCUCCUCAGGCCUUUGGAGGCCCUGUUUCAAGACGAGACGACGCAGAAGCUCCUCGGAAAGGGACUUCCCCUGACGGACGUCAUCGGCAACAAGCGGUACGCACGAAGCGUCCUGCUUAGCCACACGAAUAUGACUCCCGAAACGGUGGACGCGCUUUUGGAGUCACGUGUCAACGUUCCUGCUGUCCUACAUGUUCUCGGAUCCGGUAUGAAACAGAAGAGCAGCCGAGAAUGCAAUGUCGACACGCUAUCAUCGUAUAUCAUGCUAGAGGACGCUGACAUGCUACAAGCAGUCGCUGCCUCACUGUGCUCCAUGUCCAGCGAACAACAGGAGAACCUCAUGAAGGAACUGCAGUCCGUAUUCGACUACGGGAAAGUCAUGAACCUGGUGUCGCAAGUCGUGAAAAGCCUGGGACUCGACGAAUUCAGCCUCUCCAUGGAGAAGGUCGGCGGCAUGGUAACGGCUUUCGGCAGCAUCAGCGAACAGAUGCCCAGUGAUUUCUCGGGAAGCCUCGAGGCACUCCGCGCUCUCAUUCAGGACUUUACCGACCAGCAGCUCAACGUCGACCUGUUGAAAGCGGUUUGGGAUGACGUCGGGCAGGUCGUGCCAAGCCCAGAAAAAGAACUAGUGAACACCAUCAUGGAAUGGAUAUCGGGAAGCGCAGAUCGCACUGGUCCUCCCAACUACGGUUUAGACACUAGUACUUCUACGAGCACCCCACCUAGUCGAGAGGGCACCCUAGGAAAUGUCCUCAACACUGCCGUCAAGCUUGUCAACGACUUUCAGUCACCGAGCGGCUCUGGGUCAAAGGCCGGCCGCUUCUUUCAUGCGCUCUUCGGCUUCGACAAGUCGACUACCAUACAAGAAAUGCUUGAUGCCUUGGAUGACCUAAUGUCAACGAAACAGGAAUCUUCAAGGCAAAGACGGACGAGGCAGGAUGCGAUGUACUACACGGCGAGACUGAUCGGCAUUGUGGUGGAGUUCAUGCGAGCAGAUUUACAGAAUUCGCAGGAAGACGCUCGAAACGCCCUCUUUCCGCAAGUGCUAGAAACCCUGAUAACGACUUUCUCAUCGAAUAAAAGGGUCAACCGGAUAUUGUCGUCCAAGGGCAUAUUGAACGUGACCUGCACCGAGGACAAGUUUAAAACGACGUUUCGCGUCCCUGCUGCUUCAGAUCAAAUCAAGGACGUCCAAGUCUUCACAUGUCACUUGCUGAGAGAUAUUGUCCCCGCAUUUUUGAAAACUUUUCGGAACAUAUCUGCCGCUGCGGAAGAAAAAGACGACACGACGUGGAAUCCUAUGAAUGUCAAGAUAUCGGACAUCACCGGGCUUUUGAACAAGACUGUCAAUAUGAAGAGACUCGCGUACGACUGGUAUGGCGUUUCCAAGGCUGAGGCAAAGUUUGAAAGCCAUUGGAACUCAAAAACAAGAGAGGAAAGGAUUAUCUCAGCUAUGAAGAUUGUUCAGACCGCCUCAAACUACGUCUCCCUUCAGCGGUUAAGGUACUGGAAUGACUUUCUUGCCGUGUUUUACAUGGCCGACCAAAUAACAGAUCUACUCAACCAGAUGAUGGGAGGUAUUCUAGUGGAAGGCGGGGUCACUGUGCGCAACAUAGCGCUGAACGUUCCCAGUAUGAACGUUAUUAUUACUGAGAUACUGGAAUUCUUGCCUGAUUUUAUACGGAUUGGGAUGAAGGUCCUCCAAACUGACCUGGGAAAUCUCAUUGAAAAACUGGAAGAGAACAAGGUGAAAAGGUUUUACGUGCCCUGCCAGAGCGGCAAGUUUGCCGACCUCUUGAGCGUGGGGAACACAGAAAGCUUGAGAAGACUCGAACAGAAGAUGUGCCAACAAGUUCCUCUCCUCAUGUCCGAGUUCUUCGCGGAACGCCACGUAGCUGCCAUAUCCACGAUGGUCCAGAAAGUGAAUCACGGUCAGGACGUUCCUUUCAGUUGGAUCGCAAUGGGUGGACGCUUGAACGCGUUGCUCAGAAAUGUGGAUGUACUCAGGGGCAAGAAGGUGUCGGCGUUUAUGGACGUCUCCGCACUUCACGGACCUGCCAUGAAGGACGCUCUCAAGCAGGCCAGGACUGCCUUCGGCGCCGACGACACCCCGGAAGGGAAGGCAAGUGCAGUGCUUCAACUGGUCAGCGUCGCUUUCCAAGAACUGGACGCGAACCUGAAUCACACUCUGACACCGUACUUGCUCAAGAUUGCCUCGUUCCUCACCACCAGCGAAAGCAUGCUGAGCGAAUCGACGGACAGCCAGCAAACAACUGUGUCGCAGCUCUUCGAGAACGCCAGUGACCUCGAGUUGCUGGUUCGUUGGGUCAACAACUACCUCGUUAAACUCAUGGAGUAUUUCGUUCAUACCUUGACGGUGGAACCGAAAAAGAUAUCCUACCUCCUGAAGCAGAAAUAUGCCAUUGAUGAGUUCUGCAAUAACCGUGUGCAAGAUUACCUCACAGUGCCUAACCAGGAGGUAGAGAUCGCCACCUCAGCACUUCAAGACCUGUGCGCCAUCAAUUUUACAGGUGUCCACGAAGUCUUGCAGAAAAGUGACAGUACACCGUCACUUCCAAAACAAGACCAGCUGCAAUGGUUUCUCGAGACCCUGCAUCGCAUCGUAAGCUUGCUGCAAAGCAAAGAGCCACAGACAGGAGCUUCUCGCUUGUUCAACAGUACUCACUGGAACCAUUUCCUCUCCAAUAACUUUUGGGAUUCCAGAUCCUCAGCUAAUCGGCUCAAAGUAAUGGCUGCUCUCAAGGGAAUCACCGUUGUUUUCGAAAAUGACACAACCGCUCUGGAGUCCAUAUUUAAGGCCACUUCGAAGACAGCAUGCAGAUUAAAGGCUCCAUUCUGGAACUUGAAGUGGAAAAGCCUGCUGCAAAAUAACAGGAACAACAAGAAUAUCAACGCGAUUCUACAAGCCCUGAAUGCCAGCACAAAUAUUGUCGACGUCACUUUUGACACGGUCAUGGAAUCCAAAUAUGUGAAAGCUAUAAUUACUGACUUUGCCAAUACCAAAGACGGUCUCAAGAGAUUUUGCUCUCUGAAAACGACUGAAUGGACCAAAUACUUCGCCUUUGACAACAACGUAGACAUUGUUCCGAGAGACUCAAUUCACCAUUUAGCCUGCAAGUUUAGCCCCGCCGAUACGGUGAAAGAGCUGAAGUCAAAGUGCGACGAAAUUCAGGUGAAUCCAGCUAAUGCGGACGACGUUAACAAAUUUUACGAUGCCGCCAUGGACGUUUAUGACGAACUGGCUGCCUCAUACAGAUCAGGUUCCACUGAAGAUGUGCCCUUUUUGACUGCCACUAAAUGGAAAGAGCUAUUUGAAUCUUUUGUCAACCAACUGAGCAACGGUCUCUUAAAGGCAGACCUGAAAAAGGUAGAAACAUGGUCUUCAUUCCUAGAAGCUCAAUUUGAAAGCGACGAAGCCCGCAGCAACUACCACCAUGCUCUAAGUGCCCUUAAAUAUUUGGUGCAGACGAUGACACGGCAGUAUAAAGGCAGCACAAACUUUACAGCCGUCAUUCAAGAACUGAUGGCAGAUUCAAACACCGUAAAAGACGUGGAGACGACUCAAGAAGCGAAACAUUUUGCCUGGGAAAUGUACACUUUGAUCAAGAAACUCACAACUACGAAGGGAUCGCUCGUGAAUUCCACGAGUGAACGACAUUCCAUGAACGACGACUUCACCUUCCUCUCGCCGUGGGAGACCUUUAACAUCAACCGCGCUCUGUUGGACGCACGGACGUCCGACAGUGCCACCGUUAAGAAAGGAAUUGUGGCCCUCAUUCAGAUGAGAAAACUCUUGGGUUUCUUGGACGACAAGACUGCGUGGGAAACGUUGUCAAAGUUCACAAAGUUGUUGAUCGCAAGAGAUGCGGAUUUGCUAGUGAGCAUUUUCACUAUGGACAAGUGGAAGGACUACAAAGAGACUAUGAAAGCCGUCAACGCUAGCCAGGUUCGAGACCGCGUCAGUAUGGACACUGAAUGGAUCGAGCAAAUGCCAGAAGCAAAACUCGCUUUCUCACUCGAGGAAAUGGACAGGCUUGCCGAAGAGAUGACCGCGGGUUAUCAGAGUGACGGCAACGACACGGUGAGACUCGUGAACGACGAACAAGUCAGCGCGACGGUGACGACAUUCCUAGAUGGCUAUGCGAGCAGGCCCAUGCACAGCAUGAUGUGGAUGGUGCAUCAGAAUGCGAGCAACGCGCCUCUGUGGAAUUCCGCGGUACCUGCACUGCUAGACCUCGCUGCGAGCCUCAACUCCUACUUCGAGCAAUUGCCCUCAGAAAAUGCUUACGUUGCACAAAAAGCAACAGCUUCAUGUCCCAGAUGCUUUGGAACAGCGGUUCUAGACGAAAAACAAGAGCUCUUGAGACAACUCAUCUCCCAGAAGUCUUUCAACAAUCCAGCUGAAAUUGUUCGCUUUCUAUCCAUCGUUCUUAACGUUACUGAUGUCUACUUUUGUGAACAUAACCAAAGUGCUCCGUACGCUGCCAUUUUAGAUGUUGUGUCCGAUCGUCUCCGAUAUUUCCCAGAGCCGAAAGAGUUGAUAUGUGCUCUUCCAAAUAAAACUGCCACCAACGCUUACAAAUGGAUUUCCCACAGACUCGGUCUCAGAAAUUUCAUCUCAAAGCUUCAGGUGGCCAUCAAGUACCCGAACACAGCUCGUCAACAGCAAUGCAAGACCAUCGCGGGUGUUCUAGCAGCUGGUGGGAAUAUCAUUGACACGUACGUCAGCGAGCUCACGGAAUACUAUAAUUACCAGAAGCUGGAACAUUGCAUUGAUGGGUAUCACAACGGAACGUUGAAAUACAGCGUCGAAAGAUACGUAACAUUUACAAAGCAUCUGUUCGAGCUUGCCAAAGAACUGCUGCUGAAAAGAAGCAGUCAAGACGAGUCUUUGAUUCAGUUCCUCGUAAACAAGGUCGUCGGCGAACUACCAGUUUAUACAACACUGUCGAACAUCGUUCAUAUGAAUACGCUGAAUGAAUCAUUGCACGGAGAAGCCAGCUCGUGGGCAGACGUGAUCAGCAGCGCCGAAAUAAACCUGAACUGGUUGGUUCGUCAUAACCUCUCGCAAGAAUCGUUCCGAGAGGCUUUAUGCAGCAGGCCCCAAAGGCGUCUGCUUGUGUACAAGUCCGGAGAGGAGCAAAACCUGUGCGACGCUAAUUUCGCAGAAGCGAUUGCCCGGUCUGUGUUCAACACAUCCGGAAUUGCGAAGCAGGUCAUGGAAGCACAGACCAAGUCAUUCUACGCAGCGAAGUGGCUGGACGAAAUUCUGAAAGGUGCGGCCACGCUGUGGGAUGCCAUGUCCAAGCUUUUUCAGUCGACCAAAGCGCUUUCUCUGGACACGUCAAGCGACAACUUGGCCGGCACGCUGUCCUCCGUUCUGGCUUUACUCGAUGACAGCGUCAUCAAAGAGCUCAUAAGCAGCUUGGAGAAAGUCCAGGAGGUAACGGAAGCAGUUUUUCCUGGAGGUUCUAUAGCGGAAUACGUCAACUUGAUUACUCAAGGACUCAAAGGUGUCCAGAAACUAGGCGAGAGUGGCCUGUUCCACCUGACGUACAGAGUUCAGGACACGUUUUCCGAUAAGGAGAAAGCUAAGAAAAUUAUAAAAAGGGAGCUGAGCUUGCUUCAAGAUGAGAUUGACAAAGUGCUGAAGCAACCGCUGGACAUCAACACGCUCGCCCGAAAUGACAGCAUUAACAAUGUCGUCGCAACUGUCAUCUGCGACGUUGUCGAAAACCAGUCAAGUGCCUCCAAUCCUCCCAACAAGGACUUCGCGGAAGGUUGCACUCCAGCCUUAUCUUCAGAAAUCGAAUAUCGGCCGUUCCCUGAACUCACUAUGUCAAAGGUCGUCAAAAAUUUUGCAGACGCUGUGUUCGACGGCGUACUGAAGACGUCGAACCUCAGCAAGCAAGUGGUGACGGCUGCCUUGAAAGCGCUCAGCACGGCACCGAAAGUCGUUCCAGUGAUACGGGCAAAGUUGUCGCUUCUCUCUGAAGCCCUGGAUCCGAAGACCGCAAAAGCGCUCUCCGACCUCAACAUCACUCAAGACGGCAUCAGCGUUUUGACAAGUCCCGCUGCGCUAAGCCUCGUAGGCCAGCUACUGUGUGGUUCACCCCUCAAAGCACUCGAGGACCAAUUUUACCUCCUGGAACCAUCAUCUCGCGAGCCGACACUUGACGUACAGGAAAUAGAAGAACUGCCGAGCAAGUUCUGUCGUCGUGGCUAUGAACAAGUGAUGAGGAUGUCCGGCGGCCCGAUCAUCUGGGGCUUUCUCAAGCCCAUCCUUCGCGGCCAGAUAUUGUACGCACCGAGAUCGCCGGCUGCUUUCCAAAUAAUGCAAGAGGUGAACAAGACGUUCGAGUCAAUGUCCUUUAUAAUCGACGCUCUUCACGUGUGGAGCGAGGGAACAAUCGGACUGAAAUUUCUGACGAAAGAGAAUGGGCCGGUAACGAAACUGAAGGAGCUCAUUGCGUCCAAAAGUCUACAGCCGCUUGCCAAGGAUAUGCUUGGUGAUGACGUGUAUGCUUUCCUCACGGACCUCAAUGUUGAGGACUUACGUCAUGAAUUUGGUGACCUUGGAGGAUUGCUCGACCUAGUGCAGCUCGUAGGAAGUAUAUCUCAGUGCUUCGAGCUUGACAGAUUCAAGCAGCACAACAGUGAAGAUGACUUGGUGAAGACUGCGAUGCAUCUUGGUGCCAGAAGGGAGUUUAUACUAGGCGUUGUCUUCCUCAAUCUGGAUACAAAUACUGAACUGCGUCUCGAGAACGGAUCUAUGGUGAAAUCAUUGCUGCCCCCAGAUGUUCAAUACAAGAUCAGAAUGGACAUUGACAAUGUGCCUCUCACAAAAACUGUUAAAUCAAGGUUCUGGCAACCAGGUGCAAAUGACGACUUCUUGGAUGAUAUGCGAUACCUACGAGGCUUUGCACACUUUCAGGAGCUCAUAGACAAGGCAAUCACCAAGCUGCACGUGGGAGAGUCAGUUCACUACCCUCCAAGCUAUCUGCAACAGUUCCCUUAUCCCUGCUACAUGAAGGAUUCAGUGGGGUAUUACAUUAAGGCAAUGUUACCACUGGUAUUCACAUUAGCCUGGAUUUUUCUGGUGGCCUUCUUUGUGCGAGAAAGAGUCCUCCCAAAAGAAUUACACCUUGAAGAAAUCAUGCAAGUUAUGGGCCUGAAAUCUUGGAUUGACUGGAGCGCAUGGUUCCUGACCAGCAUAUUCAUUUCUAUUGGCAUUGUCGCAUGCACAACUGUCAUUCUCUGCUAUGGAGGCAUAUUACCAUACAGCAAUCCUCUCCUCCUCUUCAUUUUCUAUGGAACCUUUGCACUCUCAGUGCUCAUGUUCUGCUACAUGAUCAGCAUAUUCUUCCAGUCAGCUACUGUGGCUUCUUUGACUGGAAUAGUUGGAUACCUGAUCAGCUUCCUGCCCUUUGUGAUAGCUGUGUCUAUGGAAGCAACAUUUUCACUGAAACAAAAGCUCCUUCUGUGCCUCUCCAUGUCGACAUCUUUUAGCUAUGGUUGCCUCUACAUUAGCAGAUUUGAAGAACAAGGCUUAGGUGUACAAUGGGAAUACCUGUGGCAAAGCCCAAUUCCAGGAGACACCAUGAACAUGGGAUACUGCAUUGUAAUGAUGGCAAUCGACAGCCUUGUGUACUUUAUGAUAGGACUUGUAAUGUCUAAUAUAUUUUUAGGUGAAAAGGCAUCUCUCUCAAGGAGAAAACUGCUGGCCUUUUUCUCAGCUAAGAACAGCGGUUCAACGACACAGUACUACUUACAAAACACUGUAAACGGCAGCAUGAAACCGCAUCUUCUAAAAGCUCCUUACAUUAUGAACGACAAAGCGCCAAUGGCAUCAACUGGUAUAUCCGUACAGGACUUGUGUAUUGCCUACAACAGCGGGAAGACUUCAGAACGAAUAGCUGUGUCUCAUUUGUCCCUUAAUUUUGACGAGGGCCAUAUCAACACACUUCUCGGCCAGAACGGUGCAGGAAAGACAAGUACAAUAAAGGUACUGACUGGUCAACAUUCGGCAACUUCUGGUGAAGUUUACGUUUAUGGAAGGAAUGUCAACAAUGCGGCAAAGGAAAUCAGAAAGUACUUGGGAUAUUGUCCUCAGUACAACACAUUAUACGGAAAGCUUACUGUCAAAGAACACCUCAUUUUCUUCGGCAAUCUGAAAGAGCUGCUGUCACCAGAGGAAGUAGAGGAAGAUGUUGAGAGGCUUCUACGACAAAUGGGUCUGAAGCACAUGGAAAACAAGCAGGCGUGCCAUCUAUCGGGAGGGCUCCAGCGAAGGUUGUGUGUUGCCUUCUCCUUCGUUGGGGGCUCAAAACUCGUCAUUUUGGAUGAGCCUACAAGCAGUGUGGAUCCAAUGGCGCGCCGAAACAUAUGGGACCUCAUAUUGAAGCACAAGCAUGAUCGGACAAUCCUGCUUACAACUCACCACAUGGAUGAAGCUGACGUGCUAAGUGACAAAGUUGCAAUUAUUCACAAGGGUAAACUGUUGUGUGAAGGCUCCCCACUUUUACUGAAGAGCAAGUUUGGCUUCGGCUACAAGCUGUCAUUGACAAGAACCUGCUCGGAGCCUAACAAAGACAGUGACUCUGGACACUCAUCCAAUGUGUCAAGAACAAGUGUUGAUGAUGACUCUUCUGACAUUGAGGGCAUCCUUCACGUUAUCAGAGGUGUUGUUCCACCAGCUCAAGUGGUAGAAAACAAUGGUGGAGAAGUAGUGGUCAGCCUCCCACAACGAGAUCCACAGAAGAACAUCCUCUACUCCUACUCCCACCUCCUCUCGCUCCUUGACGAACGCAUGCUCGAGUUUGGAUUCGGAAACUAUGGUCUCUCAAGCACGACGCUCGAAGAAGUGUUCCUUUCCCUGUGCGCCUUGUGCGAUGCAGGCAAACCUGUGCAGCCAGGCCACACACUACCUACUACAGCGAAAUAUGGAAUUUCUGACAGACGUGACAAGCUUCAUCAUACAGAUGUCACACUAGAAUGUCCCGACUACAGGCAUUCUUUGGGAACUGCAAACCCUCUGAUGGGACGCAAGCUAAAAGCAAGCCAAUUCAAAGCACUUAUUCUGAAACGUUUCCAUCACACCGUGAACAACUGGAAAGCAAUAUUCUUUAGCAUUGUGCUUCCAUGCACAUUCAUCGCUAUCGCCAUGGGCUUUACCAUGAUAGCACCAGGAACCGUGCCCGAACCAUCACUGAGGUUAUCCACGCAACUGUAUGGCCCCGGAGCAGUAGGCUUUAUGAGUGAGGUACCACCAACCAAUGUGUCUGGAAGGAUGCUAUCUUUUCCUGGAGUAGGUCCAUCCUGCCUCGAAAGAAAUGCACCACUGUCUCACUGCAUGAGCACUACUGGCAUGACAAGCAAUGCCAUGGAGCUACCAAAGGGAGCACUCCAUUAUACCUGCGACACUUCAGAAACUCAAGAAGAAUGGGAAGAGGUGUCAAGGAUUAUGACAGAAACCACUGAUGUUGUGUACAAUGUUACAGGACUCAACAUACCAAACUACCUCUUAACAUCAUACCCAGCUUUCAUAGAAAGAAGGUAUGGAGGCUGGACUUUUGAGAAGAAGCAGGUGAAAGUAUGGUACGACAACACCGGUUUCCAUUCGAUGCCAGCAUAUCAAAAUGCACUCAGCAAUGCUAUUCUUAGGUCUGCCAUCAGCCACUCCACGUCUCCCCUAAAUGCCUCCAGAGUGGGGAUCACGGUGUACAACCACCCUCUUCAUUUGUCUUCCGAACAGCUUGGGAAACAGACAAUACUUGGCCAUGUUGCCGAAGUGGGCAUUGCGAUGGUUGUGCUCAUGGGCUUGGCUUUCAUUCCAUCGCGAGUCAUAGUGUACGUUGUGAAUGAACGUAUACGUGACGAGAAACAAGUUCAAAGCAUCUCUGGAGUCGGAACACUGCUUUACUGGACAACUACAUUCAUUUGGGACAUGGGAAUUGUCCUAGCAACAGUUGCCCUUUCUGCUCUGAUCAUCCUCGCUUUCGGGCUCCCUGUAUACGUCAGCAAGCUCAACUUCCCAGCUGUGCUGCUGCUCAUGAUUCUGUUCGGGUGGGGUACCACACCUCUCAUGUACUGCUUGUCACGGCUGUUCAAAGAAGCAAGCAUCUCUUUCGUGGUGCUGUACUGCGUCAACUUGUUCAUCGGUCUCAACAUAGCAAUCGUCAUGCUGGUGCUCAACAUGAUCCAGAUAAACUCUGGCAAUCGCCAACUAAUGACUGGACUGCAGAAUGCCGCGCUCAUUUUCCCACAGUAUGCUCUGAUAGGUGGCUUUGUCAGCCUGGCCAAGAAUCACAUUCAGGCCGAUAUAUACGCUCGGUAUGGCCAGGACACCUAUGAAAACCCUUUCAGCAACGAAGUCCUCAAUUACAACUUCUAUGCCAUGUUCUUGGUUGGCGUAGUCUUCUUCUGCAUCAACCUCUUCCUUGAGUGUCACUUGAAAGCACCAUCGAAUUCCAGGGCUCAAAAACAAACCAAGGUGGCCGAAGACACUGAUGUUACAGCAGAAAGAAUGCGGGCGAAUAGCGACACUGGCAAGAACGAUGUGUUGAGAGUGCUGGAUGUUGUAAAGGUUUAUCAAGGACGACACAAAGCAGUGGACAAUGUCUCAUUUGGCAUUCCAAAAGGCGAGUGCUUCGGACUCCUUGGAGUAAACGGAGCUGGAAAGACAACCUUGUUCCGCAUCCUAACUGGACAGCUUCAGCCUACUCAUGGAACCACCCUCGUUCAGGACACAAGAUUGCACAAAGUGUUUGCGAAGGGCACACAGCUGGUGGGCUACUGUCCCCAGGCUGAUGCGCUCGAUGACUUGCUGUCUCCAAAGGAGCAUCUCGUGAUUUACUCCAUGAUGCGUGGGAUACCAAAGAGUGAGAUCAAGGAGGUUGUUGACGAAGCCCUCUCGAGGUUCCAGCUUUCUGCUCAUGCCGAUUACAAAGUGGGAACGCUCAGCCGUGGCACUAGACGAAAAGUCUGUACAGCCAUCUCUAUGCUCGGGAAUCCACAAAUCGUGCUCCUGGAUGAGCCAACAAGUGGAAUGGAUCCCGUUACUCGUAGACUGGUUUGGUCCAAUGUUUCUGAGGCCAUUCGGGAAAAGCGAUCUGUCUUGUUGACAUCGCACAGCAUGGCCGAAUGUGACUUACUUUGCUCAAGGCUCGCAAUUAUGGUGAAUGGACAACUGUGCUGUAUAGGAAGCCCACAGUACCUCAAACACAAGUUUGGAGCAGGAUUUACCGUCACAAUACGCAUGGCGGAAAAUGCCAAGGACUGGAAGCAAGCAAUUAAAUGUCUAAUCACUCACUUCCCCACAGCAUCACUAAAGGCACAACACUUCAACAUAAUGGAGUUCAGCUUGCCUUCGAAGCAAACGUCACUUUCCUCUGUGUUUAAAUUCUUAGAGAAGAACAGCAGUGAUCUGAGCAUCUUGGACUUUUCAGUGUCUCAGACGACGUUAGAUCAGGUCUUUGUGAACUUUGCACGACAGCAGUGUGAUGAGUCGGCAGAAGUUGAGCAAGAACGGCCAGCUGACGCAUCCAUCAUUACGGAAAAAAAUGGCUUCAUCAGCGACGACUCGCCUGCAGUUACCCUUCACAGAUCCAGUCAACUGCCGGCAGUGGAAAGACACGAUUUGAAUAGUGAAGCAACAAAGUUCUGACCACUGUACGCAACAGUGGCAGGUUCCUCGAAUUGCCCAUAGGUCCAAGUAUGAUAACGCCGCCCUCUUCUUGAAACGGAAGAGCAAGCGGCACGUAGGGCAUUUUACAUCAGCUAUGCAAGAAUGAAAGGUCUCAUUUUUUCCCUUCACCAUUUGGGAGGCGUGGCGUCCAUCACGACCUCUCGCUGCCACAACACUCCCUUUUCCGCGUCCCAACACAUCGAACAUCAUGGAAGUGUGCAGUAUGUUUGACGUUUCAAGUGUGUUGCAUCAGCCGCAUCGAGUGCUGCUGAAAACUGUGAACUGUAAAUAAAGUCCGUGUGAACAA